UUCCCCUGAUCAUGAAGUUGGGGAAUUGCGAAAAAAAUUUUAUCAACAUAUUUAUUUUCAGUUGUGAUAAAAAUUUUAAAUAAUGUAUUGAAAAGAAAUAAUAUAAAAUUUUGCUACUGAAAAACCAAAAAAGAUAAUUUUUUAGUUAAUAAAUAUUUAUUUUUAAUUCGCGAAUGCAAAAAUUUGGUAUUUGGUGAUUGCAUAAUAUGCCCGGCUUAAAUCUGAUCUAAAUAUGAAUUAUUCUAAUAUAAAUGUAGUAAUUAGUACAUAUUUAAAAAUAGAUCGCAGUCUUAAGCAAAAGUUGUCCAAUAUUUGGUACAAGAGCUGCGCGUUUGAUGAUCGAUGCCAAUUUAAAUAUAUUGCCUUUGGGUCCAGAUUCUUUCACUCUUCACAUGCAAGAAGACAAGUAAAAAAUGAUGGUGUCGAAGUUCUUUUAUCUCCACAAGAAGUCACAGUAAUUCUUCGUAAAAAUGAAUUCAAUAAAGAAUUUUCUAGUGGUUCAGUCAAGUCCUAUGAUUCUAAUCAGCUAUCUUCGAAUGUUCCCAUUGAAGAUACCAGAUGUGAAGCACAAUGUAAAAUGACAUCAGGCUUACUCAUGGGAGUAUUUGAUGGGCAUGGUGGGCCUGCAUGUGCGCAAGUAAUAUCAAAGCGGUUGUUUAAAUAUAUCGCUGCUGCACUACUGCCUCUAGGCCUCUUGCAAAAAUAUAUAAAACAGGAUCCUCGAGAGUUGUUAAUAGAAACUUUUAACGAUAGAGCAGAAAUUGUGCAAGAUCUUAAAUCAAUAUAUGAUAACAGCUUUAAUCAAUUUUUAAACAAACUGUCAUUAACAGCCAAGGAUGAGAUUAACAUUGAGGCAUCAUUAGAAAAUGGAAUUAUGCAAUUAGAUAGUGACUUGUCCAGAGAAGUUGUAGAUCUCUACAAAGAAAAUAAUACUGUUAACCAUAAAACUCUGUCCGUGGCAUUAUCGGGAGCCGUUGCUUGCAUGUCUUACAUAGAUGGACCACAUAUGUAUGUUGCUAACGUUGGAGACUGCAAUGCUGUUGUGGGCACAAUGAAUGAAGACAAUGAAUGGUCUGCUCGAAAGAUAACCAAAGAACAUAAUACAGAAAAUUUCGAUGAACUAAAACGAAUUUGGAAUGAACAUCCCUAUGAAGAGCGUAAGACUGUUAUUAGAAGGGACAGGCUCUUGGGAGAACUAGCACCCUUAAGAAGUUUGGGUGAUUAUAGAUAUAAGUGGGCGACUGAAAUUUUAACCGAGUUGGUUGUUCCUGUUAUAGGACAGAAAGCGAUUCCCGCAAAUUAUUACACACCACCCUAUCUAACAGCAAAGCCUGACAUUUUUUAUCACAGACUGACACCAAAGGACAAAUUUUUAAUAAUUGCCUCGGAUGGCUUAUGGGAUAUGAUGACACCGCUGCAAGCUGUUAAGUUAGUUGGAGAACAUAUGAAAGGAAAAGUGUUUUUCAAUCCCCUUAAGCUUCCGAAAAAGAACAUUCAAUUGGGAGAUUUAAAUGAUCUUUUGAUGCACAGGAAGGAGAGUCUGAAGAGCAAACCGAAAGAUCGAAACGCUGCUACACAUCUUAUAAGACAUGCUAUUGGAGGAACAGAGUAUGGUGUGGAUCACUCUAGGCUGGCUCAUCUGUUGAGCCUAUCGCCUGACGUUAGUCGUAUGUUCAGAGAUGAUAUGACUGUAACUGUAGCUUACUUUGAUUCAGAAUAUCUUAGACAGUGUCCAGCUUAAAAUUUUAAGGUCAUAAUGUUUUUAAUGUGAACUAUGACUGUGCCUUCCGAAUAGACAUUGUGCUCUUUGUCUUUUUGAAUAAAAAUAAUAUUUUUUGUAAAGAAAUGAUGAGUGAUUUGUGUAUCUAUAUCGUUGUGACUUUAUUUAAAUUAUUUUUUGCUUACUGCGAAUGACUCGUGUGAAUUUUAAUUAAUUUAUUUUUAUUAAUAUUAUAUAAGUCAUUUUUUUAUUUGAAUUCUAUUUUUGUUUCAUUAUUACAAUAUCGACAAUAUUUUAAUCAGUCCUAUGUCCAAUUAUAGUUGUAGAUGUAUAAAAUCACUAGUCUACCAAAUGAAUAUGUAAUAUAAUUAAUUAAAAGUUUUUGUUUGUAUUUCCAUUUUUAAUGAUUCAGUGAUAUUUUUUUCGUUAUUUUGUUUGUACUUAAGUGACUCAUGUUUUAUUUAUUGUUAAAUAAAACAUCAAAAUAGAAGGCAUUUUUAUGACAAUAUGAAGCGGAAGCGAUGACGACACGGAAUUGGUCAUAAACAUAAUCGGGUGUAGUUACGCAAAAUGGAUCCAACCACAAAAUUAUCGAUACGGUUAUUUUAUUUGAAAAUAGUUACUUAGCAGCUUGA